GGACGAGGAACCAGGAACAUGAUGGGAAUCAGGCGCGUGACGACGAUGUCGAAGAACCUCUACUGUUGGUCAGGAGUUCUGGUACUACUGCUGCUGCUGGUGCUGCAGAAGAUGAGCGAAAUCCGAGUAAAGAAACGUCUUCAAGUAGAACAGCAGGCUCCGUUCUCAGUGGCAUUGCAAGUUCAGCCGAAAUUUCCUCGCCAGCAAGUUCCGCAUCGGGAACAAGCGCUAGUGGAAGUGCUUUUUUCAUGCCCCCAGGCGAUUCUGCCUCUGCCUCCGCGAUUAUGUCUACUGCUGCAGGAGAUGCACAGCACAGCGGCCAGACAGCAGGCCUGGACUCUCUAUCAAAG